UUUACAUCUGUCAAGGCACCACAGGCGCAUGGAAUGGACCACAACACUGUCAUCACAAGCCUGACCUAUCAGAAACCGUUUCAGCCUAGUCACAUGGGAACAUCGACAGUCUGAUAGGCAGGCGGAAGGAUGAGAGAGGAACUAAUGGCACUUCACUGAAGGAGAGGCAAGUCCGUGCGUAAACACUUAAGUUUACCACGCAGCUGCUGAACAUUGGAGGACCCUGGGCAAUAACAGAUUUGUUCGAGUGAAAACGAAAAAAGAAAAUCAGAAACGGAGAGAGCGGCAGGAAAAUUGGUUGUAUGGCACCUCAGUCGUGCGUAAUGAAUCCUGCGCAGGGAUCACCGCCCUUGGCUGCUCCGACUCAGACCUCACCAGAGGACCGAACCUCUGGUGGCAUUGGAACUGACGAGCUGGACCUGUCAUCUACCAGAAGGUGUAAAACCAAAAGUUUAAAUCUGCCUUUCAGUGUGGAAUCCCUCAUAUCAGACAGGACGCCGGACAGACGCCUCCACUCCCCCGAGCCUGCAGGCUGCGCCCGGGCAGAGGAAACCGAGUGUGCGUCACCGAGGGGACUUUAUCGGUCCAAUCCGGAGGCUGUGGACCUCAACGACAAGGAGACGAGCCCCUGGUUUCAGGCUCCUUACGCAUCCCCUCCAAGACAUCCCAGCCCAACCUCGUGUAAUCUACGGAAACACAAGAAUAACAGAAAACCCAGAACUCCCUUUACAACCUCUCAGCUGCUUUCUCUGGAGAGGAAGUUCCGUCAGAAACAGUACCUCUCCAUCGCAGAGAGAGCGGAGUUCUCCAACUCCCUCAGCCUCACAGAGACCCAGGUCAAGAUCUGGUUUCAGAACCGCAGGGCCAAGGCCAAAAGACUGCAGGAGGCCGAGCUGGAGAAGUUCAAGCUGGCCGCGAAGCCGCUGUUGCCGGCCUUCGCCUUUCCCUUCCCCCUGAGCGCACCCAUGGGCUCACCGUCCCUAUACGGGUCCCUGAACGGACCGAGGCCUGCCUUCACCGUCCCAGGACUAUUCAGUGGACCAUAUGGGAUGUACUACUUGUCUUAACCCUCACUACCUUUGAACUGCAUCGCUGGGAAAGCUGCCUUUUAAAAAUGCCUUAGCCUAUACAGCAAAUAACCAACACUGAAGAAAAUGUCCAU